AGAGGGUGUCCCGCAGAGUUGGCAGCCCCGGGGUGCGGGCGACAUGGUGCGCGGCAGGAUCUCUCGGCUCUCGGUCCGCGACGUGCGCUUCCCCACGUCGCUCGGGGGCCACGGCUCGGACGCUAUGCACACAGACCCUGAUUACUCAGCUGCCUAUGUUGUCUUGGAGACCGAUGCGGAAGAUGGACUCAAGGGCUACGGAAUCACCUUCACUCUGGGGAAAGGCACUGAAGUUGUUGUCUGUGCUGUGAAUGCCCUGGCCCCCCACCUGCUUAACAAGGACCUCAGGGACAUUGUUGGUAAUUUCAGAGGCUUCUACAGACAGCUCACGAGCGACAGCCAGCUCAGAUGGAUCGGUCCCGAGAAGGGUGUGGUGCAUCUGGCCACAUCGGCCGUUCUCAAUGCCGUGUGGGACCUGUGGGCCAAGCAGGAGGGAAAGCCUCUGUGGAAGUUACUUGUUGACAUGGACCCCAGGAAGCUGGUAUCCUGCCUAGAUUUUAGGUACAUCACUGACGUCCUGACAGAGGAGGAAGCCUAUGAAAUCCUGCAGAAAGGUCAAGUUGGGAAAAAAGAGCGAGAAGAACAAAUGCUGGCGCACGGCUACCCCGCCUACACCACGUCGUGCGCCUGGCUGGGCUACUCGGACACCACGCUGAAGCAGCUCUGCAGCAAGGCGCUGGAGGACGGCUGGACCAGGUUUAAGGUAAAAGUUGGUGCUGAUCUCCAGGAUGACAUCCGUAGAUGCCGACUCAUCAGAAACAUGAUCGGCCCUGAGAAGACGCUGAUGAUGGAUGCCAACCAGCGCUGGGAUGUGCCUGAGGCCGUGGAGUGGAUGGCGAAGCUGGCGGAGUUCAAGCCCCUGUGGAUUGAGGAGCCCACCUCCCCUGAUGACAUUCUGGGGCAUGCCACCAUUUCCAAGGCACUGGUCCCCCUGGGAAUUGGCGUUGCCACCGGAGAACAGUGCCACAAUAGAGUGAUAUUUAAGCAACUCCUACAGGCAAAAGCCCUGCAGUUUCUCCAGAUCGACAGCUGCAGGCUGGGGAGUGUAAAUGAGAACCUCUCAGUGCUGCUGAUGGCCAAAAAGUUUGACAGCAACAAGAAAAGCCACAGGUUCUCCUUCACUUCUCCCUCGCUGCCCUACUUAGCACUCAGUGGAAAUCUGUCUUCACUUUUAGUUCCUGUGUGCCCGCAUGCUGGUGGAGUUGGCCUCUGUGAACUGGUGCAGCACCUGAUUAUAUUUGACUUCAUAUCAGUCUCUGCAAGCCUCAAAGACAGGAUGUGUGAAUACGUCGACCACCUGCACGAGCACUUCAAGUACCCCGUGAUAAUCAAGAAGGCUUCCUACAUGCCUCCUAAGGAUGCUGGUUAUUCAACAGAAAUGAAGGAGGAGUCUGUAAAGAAACACCAGUAUCCAGAUGGUGAAGUUUGGGAGAAGCUCCUUGCUGCUCAAGGGAAUUAGAGCUGAAUGCUUAACAGCUUUUGCUUUAAGUGAAAAGGCUUAAAAUUUCUUGGGUAUGGUUUUACAAAAAUAGAAAAAAAAAAUUCAUCCUACCAAUCAGAACAAGUUCAGCUGAAAGUCAUACUAACCUCAGGCAUCAGCUUAGUCAUCAUUACUUGAUUCUUUCAGCAAAAAACAUUCUCCUAUGUAAUCUUUAAACAAAAGUAGAUCCAACUGUCUCAAAGUCCAGGAAAAUGUUAAAAUUUCUAUCAAGUGCUGGUAUCUAGACAUUAAACUUUGAAAAUAA